GCAGAAUUGUGGUGGUUUGCUGGCCUGCAUUGAGGUUUUGGAGAAUGAAUAGACGUUGCCAUGGAGGCAGAAAGUGAGGUGGAGUUUUCCAGCGAUCUUAACUUUGUUCCAUUGUGGAGGAGAGCGAGUCCUCAUGUUCCCCAGGGAGAGGGACUGUACUACAGCCGCAAUCCUAGACCAAGACCGCAAUCUUACACAAGUCCUAAUGGAUUACUUGUCACAGACUUUCCUGUGGAGGAUAGGCAGUGCUUUACAGUGACCCAGCCUGCAGAAAGGAUUACAAGUUCUCCAGAAAGCAAUCAAGGAGGAAAAUUUUUGCACAGUCCCAAUGGAAAAAUACAGACAUCACCAUCACUAUCAUCUCUGGAAUACAAAUCUCCAAACCACAAACGUUCAUCUCAGGUCUUAAAAGUGGUUUCCAAUAACUCCAUUUCUUUUACUACAGGUGACCACCUUUCUUCAGUAAACCAAAAACCAAUGCUUUCACAGCGGACAUCUGGAAAUGUUACACUGACACCUGAAAGGGAACAGAUUGUGUUCGGGUCUAGUACUUCUUUUCCAUCUAAUGGGAUGGUAACCGCUAGCAACUGCAGUCCACCUCAGCCCUUACAGGCCACACAGGCCCCGGAUAUCUUUGCUUCAAAGUCUUUGCCAGGUUCCCCCAAGCCUUCUUUGGAAGAUAAGCAGUCUCUCCAAAGAACUUCAUCCAAUCCAGACAAAUCUGCCAUCAUUCUGAGCACAAACAGUCCAGUGUCUCUCAAAGCUGGAGCUCAGCAAAUCAUUCCUAAGGGCCUAGCGUCGGGAAUCAAAGUCUCAAACAAAAAUAGUAAUCAUAACAACCAAAACACAGAUUCUUUCAAAAGGUUGCUGAAAACUCGUAGUAUGGUGGAGACCAGUUCACCUCGUCUGGUUGUGCCUUCAGAAGAUGGGGAUGCUGAAAAUGAAACAGAUAGCCCAGGCACAUUACACAGAGGGCUUAGGUCAACAUCCUAUCGAAGAGCCGUAGUGAGUGGGGUUGAAUUCAACAAUUCAUCUGAUAGAAAAAAGAGUAACAGAAUGUCUCAGCCAAUCCUCAAGGCAGUCGUAGAAGAUAAAGAAAAGUUUUAUAGCUUGGGAAGGAUAAAGGGCUGUGUGCGGCGUCUCUCCAGGGCUUGCAGUUUCCUCAGGACUGUGUGCGGCGUCUCUCCAGGGCUGUGCAGUUUCCUCAGGGCUGUGUGCGGCAUCUCUCUUAGAGCUGUGCAGUCUUUCCAGGCCUAUGUGCCGAGUCUCUCCAGGGCUGUUCAGUUUCCUCCAGGGCUGUGUGCGGCAUCUCUCCAGAGCUGUGCAGUCUUCCUAGGCCUGUGUGCGCCAUCUCUGCAGGCUGUUCGAGGUCUCGUGGGUGCGGGCAGCGGGGCAAAGGAGGAGAAGGCAAUAACGAUUGUCCCUCGCCACUGGAACACCGUGGUCCCCCAGACCGUGUGGGAGUGGAUUGCUGAAUUGUGCCUGAUCAUGCGCUUUGAGGAGCUGACGGCUUCCCUGUGUGACCUUCAGCCUCAGUGCACAGUCUUAUGGGCCCCUUGGAUCUUGUAUAUGGACUCUGCGGCAUUCCUGGCCCU